AUGACGAGGUCGUCAAGCCAAGUAGCAAAUUCGAUAGUGAGAGAGAGAGAGAGAGAGAGCGACGGCGAGAGAUAUGGAUGCAGUGGAGAUAGUGGAUGUGGACGAGGAGGAGGAGGAGGAGGAGGAGAAGGAAUGCGAGGACUGGUGCUUCAUCUGCAAAGAUGGCGGAAGCCUGAUGCUCUGGACUGUACAAAAGUUUAUCAUGCACAUUGCGUUGGAAAGGAUAUCUCAGUAACAAAGAACGAAGAAUCGUUUAUCUGUAUGCGGCACAGAUGCUACAUAUGUAGCAGGAGACCAAGCCUGUGGUGUUUUUGCUGCCCAAAUGCUGUAUGUGAAGGCUGUGUUACUCAUUCCGAGUUUAUUCAGCUUAAAGAGAACAAAGGGCUAUGCAAUCAAUGCCAGGAGUACGUCGUUGCUUUAGAAGAGAUUCGAGAAUAUGCUGCUGCUGGGGAUAAGAUUGACUUGUUAGAUCGGAAUACAUUCGAGUGUCUGUUUCUUGAGUAUUGGGAGAUAGUUAAAAAGGAAGAAGAUUUAACUUUUGGCGAUGUCCGCGCUUCAAAGUCACAGAAGAAACGUGCUAAGCCAAAGUACAGAGAUGAUCCCAUGUUUUCUCUCGAUGAUGUCCGCUCUUCAAAGCCACGAAAGAAAGACAUCAAGCGUAAGGAUAAAGAUGUUCUAAAAUUCUCGCUAACUGACCGUGAGGUUGAGGAUGCGGAAGGCUAUAGAACGACUGGCAAAGCAAAGAGAAUGGAGUUUAUCAGAUGGGGUUCAAAGCCGCUUAUCGAUUUCCUAACAUCCAUAGGGGAAGAUACCAAAGACGCGAUGUCACAACACAGUGUGGAGUCAGUUAUCCGCAGGUACAUUCGUCAGGAAAAACUGCUUGACCCGGAGAAGAAGAAGAGAGUUCACUGUGAUGAGAAGCUGUAUUCUAUCUUCAGGAAGAAGACUGUGAAUCGAAAGAGGAUUUAUACUCUUUUAAAUGCUCACUUGAAAGAGAACCUUGAGCAGUUGGAGUAUGUCACAAGUUUGGAACGUGGCUUCGGUGAAAAGAGUAAAGAGGUUUUGGUGCCUUGCAAGAAGCAGAAAGCAGAAGUGCCAGAUGAGGAAAUUUGUGAAGAGGAAGUAUUACCCGAAAUGCGACCAACUGGUUUGGCCACGAUCAAUGCAGAUAACAUAAAGCUUGUUUAUCUACGCAAGAGCUUAAUACUGGAGUUGCUGAAGCAGAGUGAGAGCUUUGGGGACAAAGUGGUGGGGAGCUUUGUAAAAGUCAAGAACGAUCCCAGGGACUUGGUGGCGUACCGGGUCUUGCAAGUUACAGGCAUUAAAGCUGCUGAUGACCAUGGCAUAUCUCUCUAUGUUGCCGGCAUGACAAGUGAUGUUAGCAUUUCCAAGUUGGAUGAUUCUGACCUUAGCAAGGAAGAUAUUGAGGAUUUGAAGAAAACGGUGAUGAGUGGCCAGCUAAGACAGCCAACUGUUGUUGAGAUGGAGCAGAAGGCUAAGGCUCUCCAUGAGGAUAUAACAAAACAUUAUUUAGAUGAGAGAGAGCUUCUCCAGAAACCUUCAGAGCAGGAGAGAUUACUAAGAAAAACACCAAGGAUCGUAGAAGACCUCAUCGAGGUUAAACAAGAACCAGGUGCGUCCUCAGAUAGCAGCAAACAAGUGAGUGUCAGUGGUCUGCCACAGGAGUUGUUGAAAUCAAAAGUCCUAAACUAUUUGCUAUUACUUGGACUCUUUCUCUUGCUUGUCAGUUUUCACUCAACAAUAAACUGGAAUUCGUAUUUUAUAACUUGGACUGGAAGCAAACCGGUCAGUUUGACCAGGAAGCGAAACCCCAUUCAGAACUGGCUUUACUGUGACCAACUUCGACAUCCCGACGUUUUUUUUUCUCUUUCGUCACCGGCGUUAACUCAGUCAUCGUCGUAUUCUCUUCGUCGCCGUUGUCUUCUCCAUCGUGUUACAUCUAUCUCUGUGGCCGACUUCGAAGUUUCCCUGACGCUGUGCUCCAAACGGGAGAUAUUAGCGAUUAUCGAAAAGAUGCUCGUGUUUCUCAAGGACAUAGUUCCGGCGGCGCAGAACAACAUAAACACGCGUUUCAUCAUCCUCGACAAAGCCAGAUUGCCGGCGGCGGCGGCGAACGGACAGAGUUGUAUCGCGUUGGCGGCGGAUGAAACGGCGGCGGUUCACAUACAGCUGUGGGGAGACGAGUGCGACGCGUUCGAGGCAGGCGAUAUAGUGAAGCUCACCAAUGGGAUAUUCUCGUACGUGCGGAACAGUGGGCUCCUUCUCAGAGCUGGGAAGCGCGGGAAGAUGGAGAAGAUGGGUGAGUUCACGGCUGCGUUUGUCGAAACGCCAAACGUUAGUGAGAUCCAGUGGAUUCCUGAUCCGGAUAAUCCCAAACGCUAUAUUCAGAACGGCACCGUUUCAGCUUAUUCCCGUGUCUUCCCUCCUUUGCCUUGA